UUUUCGCUAAUUUUUCUCUCCUUGCGUCGCGGAAAGAUAGCCUACGGAACCAGUCGAAGAAGAACCGGAGAACGGAUAGUAAUGUCCACCGUCCUUUCGUUCUGUAACUGUCACUCUCCCCACUCCAACCACCCGUCGCCUCUUCUCCUCCGCUACUCCCUAAUCUCCACCCUCUACCUCCGUCCCGUCUCCUCCGGCGAUCGACGGAGGCCGCCACACUUUUCUGUAUCCGCCGCCGGCAACCGGAAGGUCGAAGAGGAUCUGUCCGAUCAUCGGCUUGCCGGCACCUUAGCUACCGGGCGGCGUCGGGCAGUGGAAGUUGGAGAGAGGGUCGAAAAGGGCUUGGCGAACGAAGAUGGAAUAUACGAGGAUUUUAAAUGGAAGUGGCCUUUGUGGAAGGAGCUGCCGAUGCGUUAUAAGAUCAUCGGGAUGACAUCGCUUGCUUUCGUUGUUUGCAACAUGGAUAAGGUUAACUUGAGUGUCGCCAUAAUUCCUAUGUCACAUCAGUUUGGGUGGAGCUCUUCCACUGCUGGUCUAGUUCAGUCUUCAUUCUUUUGGGGAUAUGCCUUGAGUCAAUUGCCUGGAGGAUGGCUGGCAACAUUAUUUGGUGGAAGGAAAGUCCUUGAAAUUGGAGUGUUGUCAUGGUCUCUGGCCACAAUACUUGUUCCUAAUUCAGCAGUUAUACCUGGUUUGGUGCUAUCUAGAAUUUUGGUUGGGAUUGGAGAAGGUGUUUCCCCUUCAGCAGCAACUGACAUAAUUGCCAGAUCCAUCCCGUUACCAGAACGCUCCAGAGCAGUUGCAUUUGUUUUUGGAGGCUUGAGUGCAGGAAGCAUUUUGGGGCUUCUCUUUGCCCCUCCAAUUAUUCAAAUGUGUGGUUGGGAAUCUGUAUUUUAUAUAUUUGGCAUUCUUGGAAUAAUUUGGUGUUUGGCUUUCCAUUUUGUUAAAGAGGCUCAGACACCACCUGAUGAUUGGAGAGAAAGGCCCAUGGAUGUGGUUGGCCAUUUCUGGUUUUCUAACCCUGCAGAGAAGGCUUGGAGUUCACCAUUUGAAAAAUUAAGUAAAUCACUCCAGGACGUGCCAUGGAAAGCAUUUUUCAAAAGUCAGGCAGUAUGGGCAAUGAUGUAUGCUCAUUUUUGUGGAAGUUGGGGACACUAUACCUGCUUAUCCUGGCUUCCUACAUAUUUUAGUGAAGAGCUUGGCUUAAACUUAACAGAAGCAGCAUGGGUCUCAAUACUGCCUCCUUUGGGUUCAAUUCUGGUCACAUCUUUUGCGGCAUUAUUCGCUGACAACUUGAUCUCCAAUGGAGUUGAAACUACAAUUGUGCGAAAAAUUUGCCAAACAAUUGCCUUUUUGUCACCUGCAAUUUGCAUGACGCUUUCUUCUUUGGAUCUAGGGCUGCCUCCUUGGGAAGUUGUAGUAGUACUUACUAGUGGUUUAGCACUAUCAAGCUGUGCGCUAUCAGGACUUUAUUGCACCCAUCAAGACAUUUCUCCUGAAUAUGCUAGCAUUCUUUUGGGUAUUACAAACACAGUGGGGGCAGUGCCUGGAAUUGUGGGCGUUGCGCUCACAGGCUAUCUUCUUGACUUGACUCAUUCUUGGGGUCUAUCACUGUUUGCACCUUCUAUUUUCUUCUAUCUGACUGGCACAGUUGUAUGGUUAUUAUUUGCCAGUAGUAAGCCUCAAAACUUCACCUAGAAUGAUUUCCUGGUUUUGCGAUCGAAUCGAUGGAUGUGCCCAAAAUUUUCUUAAUGGGUGAUUCAUCCAGGAGAGGUAGAGUUGAAUGCGCUUGCAUUGUCAAUUCCUUAAUUAUGUUUAUGAGAAAUGGAAGGUAAAGUCAAUCUGCUUUGUAAUGUGAAGUUAGAUGUAGGAUAAAGAGGAUAAAUGUUGGGUAAAGAGGCUGUAAUAUAUGUAUGUAUAUAUAACUUUUUUUUGCAUGCAUGUAAUGCAGUAUAUAUCAGGGCUGUAUAGUUCUAUAGAAAAUGUUGUCCGGAUUCGUUUUUACGAAAUACAA